UUUUGUCUUUUCUUCAAUUCCCUUUCUCUUUCCUUUCUUUUUGUUAUUGGUUCCAAAAAAAUGUAUGCAAUGAAAGAAGAAGACUGUCUCCAAAAUUUUCACAACUUACAAGACUAUCAAGACCAGUUUCUUCUUCAUCACCAUCCACAAAUCCUGCCUUGGUCAUCUCUACCUUCAUUUGACCCGACCUAUUUCCCAUCCAACCCGACCCGUUAUCCUGAUUCGGUCCCCCACUUCAACAGGAGAGCUUCUUCUUCCUCUUCUUUUGACUAUACCGAUGGUUUUGUCUCUCCUCCUUCCAUGGAUCAUCAUCAUCAUCCCAACCACCUAAGGGUUUUAUCGGAAGCUCUUGGACCCAUCAUGCGACGUGGCUCAUCCUUCGGGUUUGAUGAUGAGAUUAUGGGGAAACUGAGUGCACAAGAAGUCAUGGAUGCUAAGGCGCUGGCUGCUUCAAAGAGUCAUAGUGAAGCUGAGAGAAGAAGACGAGAGAGAAUCAACACUCAUCUAGCUAAGUUGCGAAGUAUUUUACCAAAUACAACCAAAACGGACAAAGCUUCAUUGCUAGCGGAAGUGAUCCAACACAUGAAGGAGCUAAAACGACAGACAUCACUGAUCACGGACACGAGUCAAAUCCCAACAGAGUGCGAUGAUCUAACCGUUGACUCUGCUUACAACGACGAAGAAGGAAACUUGAUGAUAAGAGUUUCCUUUUGUUGCGAAGACAGGACUGAACUCAUGCAUGACAUCAUCAAUGCCUUAAAGUCUCUUCGUCUUCGAAUUCACAAAGCCGAGAUCGCAACCGUAGGUGGUCGAGUCAAGAACGUCUUGUUCUUGAGCCGAGAAGACGAUGAUGAAUAUCGUAGAAACUUCGAUGGUGUUGACGUGGAUAAUGAUGAUGAAGAAAAGAGAUUCAAUCGUGCGAGUUCGAUAAAAGAAGCGUUAAAGGCGGUUAUAGAUAAGUGUGUCAAUAAUAAUGAUGAUAACAAUAACUUGGAUAAAUCAUCUUCAGGGAGUAUUAAGAGACAAAGGACUAGCAAGAUGGUAAAUCGAUGUUAUAAUUAAUUCAUCCCUCAUAAAAUGAUUAACAUCAUCAAGUCUUUAAUUAGCUAUGUGCUAACUAGACUUGCAAAAUGGGAUAAUGUGAUAAUUAGAAUGCUUG